ACAUAAAAUCAUCCCAUAUGUUUACAUAAAUGAAAGAUACAAACUUAUAUCAUUAUUAUAAGCGUAUCUCAUUAGCCCAAGACAUCUUCAAGAUCUUUUUUUUUGGAAAUGAUUCAGAUACGUUUUGAUUGAUAAUGUUCGAUUCACAGUUCAUUUCAAUUUUUUGUUUUUUUUUGUUUUGUGUUCUUAUUGUUUUUGUUAUCUUUCGUUUUCCAUUUUCUUCAGUAUAUAGCUGCACUUCUUUCUUGCAUUUGACAGAUGAAGACGGUGUUGGUCGCAAGGAUAUCCUGGGAAAGUUCAUGCUCAUCAGAGGUCGUAUCAUUAAAGAGUAUAGUAUGGAGGGAGAACAAAUACUGGAUGGUGGUGGUAGCGGUGGUGGUAUUAUCAAGAUAUCAAGUUUCUUAGUUGCUUGGUGUGCAGAUAAAUACAGGUUACGAUUUCGAAUUGCAAUGUAUUAUUACUAAGCUACGGCAUCAGUUAUUUGUAUUAAACGCGCGUUUUGAUUGCGCUACCUCUAUCUCUAAUCGAGCCAAUAGGAAAAUUCCACAAUUUUGAUUUAACAAAAAUAAUAAUGCCGUUUACUAAUUUGGAAAAACCUGAUUAGCGUCAUCUGAUUGUUUAGAAGUAAUUAAAUUUUUC